AUGGCUCAAGCCCCUCCAGCCUUCGGGCGAAAAUCAUCGGCCCCAUGGGACAGACUUCGACCAGUGAAACAAGAUCCUCUGGAGGGAAUGGGAUUCGUCUCCAAGGGUGAUAACAGGCUGCUUGACCUCAAAACUCAGGAGGGCUACUACAACAAGAUUGUUGCUCGCUACAUGCAAUUCUGCGCACGACACUCCAAGGAUCUCGACAAUGCCUUUGCAUCUUUAAGUCUGGAAGAGAGCCAGUCACCGGGCGUGGAACCUUUAAAGAAACCUAUUGGGAAGACUCUCAACCCUCAGCCUGCAACAGCUCAGCGCCCAUUGCAACAAGACUCCAUUGUCCCUACAAACACUCAAUCGACAAAUGCCACAUCACCAUUGCCAGCAUCGGAGCUCUCGAUCAUUCUCCUAGCAUUGCGAAAACUACGCGAGGGUCUGCUUGCCAGCUCUACAUCGUCGCCAAACCCAGUCUUUUCUCAACGAGUCCACGUGUUCAAUAUCCGGGUCGCCGUUCUCGCGCUUCAUCCGGAGGGUUACCAUCCAUCGUUGCUGCACCUACUCUCUGUCCUGCAUACAGCUGAACAUCCGCUUCCACGAUCCGAGUUGGUGGAAAUGAUGACAUACUUGAUCCUAGACACGGCUGUCCGUCAGCGUGACCUUUACCGGGCGUAUGCCUUGAGGUACAAUAGUCGCGUCCGCUUUGGGUUCAAAAGUCGAGUCGUCGAUAACCUAUUGAAAUCGAUCGUCACAGGAGACUGGGUCACGUUCUGGCGAGUUCGGCAAAAGGUUGACGGCUACGUGCGAGCGAUCCUGUAUUGGCACCUCGACACGCAACGCAAGAUGGCGCUCAAGGCCAUCGGUCGAGCAUACUACACUUGCGACGUCAACUGGAUCCUACAAAGCGCCACCGGCAGCCAACAGAGCUGGGACGAACUGGUCAAGGAAGAAGACGUUGGCUGGGUACGAGAAGGUGAUAAGGUUGUGAUCCGGAAGCCAAAGGCCAAGACCGGCUAA